UUAUUGCGACGUACAAAUAUAUCAUACUAUCUCUUUUUCUCUCUUGAAUAAUCAGGAGUGAUAACAUUUCUCUCUCACUUUUUCUACUGGCAAACCAUUGCAAACAUCUCACCCACGUCGUCAUAAACUGGUCAUAAACGAACAAGCAGUCUACUCAAUCGAACGUAUAUUAAAAUAAAGAAAAAACUACCAUAUUGUUUAUUAAUAAUAAUAGUUAAUUAAAUUUAUUGUUAUUAACAACAAUGUCGAGUCCAGAUGAAUGCAAAUUGAUGGCUGGUCAUCCUCCAGCAGUCAAAGCUGGUGGUAUGAGAAUAACUCAACACAAAAAUCCAGAACGUGAACCAAAGCCAGCAAAAGAGUCUGAAGAAAGUAAAUUAGCAAACAGUACACCAGCAGUCACAAUAAGUGGUGCUCCAUCACGAGGACAUGCUGAUUUUCCACCAGAAGCUGUGCAACAUUUUCAUGAUAAACCAACUCCAACACAUGAAGCUCGUACUAAUAAUUGCUCCAAGACAAUGGUCAUUCAGCAACCAAGAAAGUAAAUUUUUAUUAUUUUUUUAUUUUCUUAUACCAAGUACCUAUAAACAAUGUCGAUCAACAAAAAAAAAAAAAACAAUAAUUUUCGUUUAAAGUAAAUUCCAGUGAAUAUGAAAAAUAAUAUUUACUCAGUUUCUUCGAGACUUGAUCAUAUUUAUUUAUUUUUCGUAAAAGUCUAAACAAUAAUAUUCAAAGAAAAACAUUGAUCGACACAAAUUCGUACUGUUAGUAUUUUGGUAAUGAAAAUAAACAAAACAAUUUAUUAUUUUUUCUUUCAAAAUUAUGCACACUAAAAGUGUCGUUCAUCAUAUUUUUAAUGAUGUUUAUUAUUUUUUUUUGUUAAAAUUUUUAUUUUCAUUUUUUUCUAUAAUCUACAUAAUUUCGUUGAUUCGAAAAUUAAAUAAUAAUCCAGCAUAUAAGUCGUGUAUCUUCCAGUAUGUACCUCGGAC